AUGUCGCGCACCAGCGCCGUCUUAGAAACGCAUCGCCUUUCUUGCGGACCCGAGCAAUACAUGACGCUUGUCUGCCGCUCCCAGACGUCGCUUCUACCCGGAACCCACUCCCUAAACCCGGAGUUCCACAUCCACCAGUCUUCCAAAUUCAAACCCAAGGUCUGCUUCGAGCGCUUUGAGCCCGAGGUCGAACCCACAAGAUCUGCCCUCGAGGCUUUCACACGUCUCGAUGAUUGCAGGAGCUCCAGGUCUCUGAACAAAGACAGCACGAGUGACACGACUUGCUGUUGGCGAUUGAUUUCGCCAGACAUGCAGUUCCAUACGAUGAGCCAGGAGAUCUACGCCAACUCUAGUGAAGCUACUGGGACUGAGCCUAGCACAUCCAGGUUGGCGGAAAGUGAUCGAGUCAGCACCGCCGCUACCUUCAACGGGAAGUCAGGCAGUGAUGUGGAGACGGACGACGCUUCGUCGCCUUGGAAUGGAGAAGAAUCAUACGAAGUCCACGAUGAAGGAUCACCUGCGGGGGUGGCUGACCCAACUGUAACAGUCGGAGUGAAGUUGGUGUUGGGCCGCGGACAGCGUUGCUGCCAACAGAUUGAGCUGAGCGGUAGGGAUAUCGUCAAAUUCACCGUUUUGGAUGGCUUGUACAUCGACUACAACAGGAUCCGGGGAGAUUGGACAGAGGCUGCCUUACCGUCGGCAGAGGCUUGGUUCCGUCUCGAAGCGCAUUUGUGGCAUCAUAACACGCAAAGCAAAGAGCACAGAGCAGAUAUCAGCAACCUUCUAAAGGUAGCUGGAUCCGAUCCAAGCGGAUGUCGCGAAUGGGAAGAGUUCGAUAGACUGUACGAAGUUCAAUGUCAGCUGUAUGACGCUAGGAGACGGCGGAAAAAUGCUGAACGGACUCGGGAGAGGAACCUCAGACGGCUUGAGGAGGACAUUGGUUGUACGGCUUCGUAA